AUGGCCAGUUUUCCAACAUUCGACCCCUCCCGCUUGACGAAGAAGGCCGCCGCGCACUACUCGUCCGAAUCAGAAGAGGACGACGAUGACUUCCUUGCGCCGGUCGCCGAUCCGUCGCAAGAUGACUUCAGCGACCUCAACCCGCGCAAGCGCCGGCGCGUUGGCGAUACAAAAGAGCGCGCCGCGCUAGGCAUAUUCGCGUCAGACAGCGAAGAUGACGGGCCCGGUCGGAGGUGGAAGAAGAAGAGCCUGAGGGACAAGGGCAUGAGCUUUGUCUCGACAGGCGCGACAACACUCGACCAAGACGACGACGACGCGAAUGCCAAGGAGUACUCUGAUGAUGACGAAGACGACAACGAGGAUGAUGACGAUGAAGGAAAUGGAGGUGUCGGCCUCGGAUUCGGUGGAGCACAGCGAGGCUUAGGCUUCAUGUCUGCCUCGAAAAAGGACAGCGACGACGAGGAAGCAGCACCGGCACAUUCCUUUGCAAAAACGAAAUUCGACGGCAAGAACCCACUCGGCAGAGGCUUCGUGCCAUCGUCUGCAAACGUACCAGUCUUGAACCCCGACGUCGCCGAUACACCCUCGAUGCCCAAGAUGGCUCGGCCAAGCGCUUUCGGUGCGAAUGGCGCCAAGGGCAAACCGAACCCCAAGUCCUUUGGUGCAAGGAUGAUGGCCAAGAUGGGUUACAAGGAGGGCGAGGGUCUUGGAGCAGACGGGAAAGGUCGCAGCGUUAUUAUCGAGGCGCACCUCCGACCGCAGGGUGUUGGUUUGGGUGCGGUCAAGGAAAAGUCAGAACACGAACGCAAGGAAGAGAAGCGGCAAGCGAAGCUUCGUGGCGAGACCGUCAUCGACUCGGACGAGGAGGAAAAGAAGAGGAAACGCGAGAGGAAGAAGAAGGUUGCGAGCGCUGGGGACAGUAGUGCCAGCACGCCGAAGCGGCAGAAGCCAAAGUACAUGACCGCCGAGGAGCUCAGGAAAUCCGCCCCUGGACUGCACAUUCCCGAGGCCUUUGCGCCCAUAUUGGAUAUGACGGGACCUGGUAAUAAGCUACUUACUACGUCCUCUGGACUGUUGACGCCGACGUCUGCGGCUGUGGUGGAAUCUCCCGAGGUGGCGGCAGCACGGAAGCUGGUAAAGCGGGCACACGCAGACCUGGCGGCCUUUUCAGAAGAAUGGAGGAAUCUGGAAGAACGAAAAACAUGGGUGGACUUGGAGCUCCGGGAGCGGGAACAGGAGAUGGCCGACCUCGCUUCAGACUUGGGCAGGCUUCAGCUAUUCUCUAACAUUGUCACCAACGAGCUUCCAGCAGCCACGGAAUGGUCGGAGGUCAUCCAAUGCCUAAAUAAGGCGGUUGAGCAGAUUGGGUCGACGACAGGAGAGAUUGCGGAUCUCGCUGUGGCCGCCAUACAUCCUUUCCUCCGCGACCCCGACUGGGACUUGCUCGAGGAGCCCACGCGGUUUGCUACGGAGCUGAAGGGCCUGGAAUCGCUGCUCAAAAAGUCGGGCGAGGGCGACAAGAGCGUGGACAAGUGGGACUCGACGGGCCUGAGCAACACUGACCUCUACCGUCAACACCAAAAGGCGACGACGCCGUACGAGAGCAUGAUGUACAAGCUGUGGUACACGAGAGCCAUGUCAGCCAUCCGCGACUGGGACGUCUUCAACCCGACGCCUCUCCUGGCCGUCCUUGAGGCAUGGAACGACCUGCUGCCCCCCUUUGUGCGUGCCCAGUUCCUCGAUGGCGUCGUCCGCAAACUGGAAACAGCCGUGGCGGAAUGGAACCCGAAGAAGAAGCGACAGAGCCACAAGCUCCCGCACCUCUGGCUGUUCCCCUGGCUCCAGUACCUCCCCUCGUACCACCUGGACCCCAAGGGCACCGGGCUGGUCGCGGAGGUUCGGAGAAAGUACAGGCAGCUCAUUGACGUGUGGGAGUUUGACCGCGGCGUGAUCCCGGGCCUGGAAAAAUGGCGCGAGGUCCUCGGCGACCAAUGGCGGCCGCUCAUCUUGGGCCAUGUGCUGCCGGCGAUGGGCCGGUACCUGCGCAAGAACUUCAGGAUCGACCCGAGCGACCAGGAGCCCUACCUGCCCAUGCUCGAGGGCGUGCUCAAGUGGUCUGACAUCCUGACGCCAAAGGUGCUGGGCGAGGUGAUUGUCGCUGAGGUGCUUCCUUUGUGGCAUGACAAGCUGAGCGAGUGGCUCGGGCUGGAGGAGGCCAGCUUCGAAGAGAUUGCUGCGUGGCUUGAGUGGUGGAGGGACAGUGUGUUCCCCGAGAACAUUAAGAACCUCAAGUCGGUCCAGGCAGAGUUCAACAAGGGCUUCGCCACCAUCGAGAAGGCGUUGGAGAGUAUGCUUUGA